AUGUUUGCGAAUCUUCUCAGACGCUUCGGGCUCGAUCGAGACGGCUGUCUGAAGUUCUCGCAAACCGCGUCAGCGCUCCUGCCCCUUCACGCUCGCGGUGAUGAUGAGGAUGUUGCCAACCCCACAGUGCUGGUGAGUUUGGAUGCAAAGAACGCCUUCAACUCCCUCGACCGCCAGGCUCUCUUCGAUGCAAUCGAGGGACGUGCGAGUCGCGACUACUUUGAUGGGAGCAUCACUGAAGGCGCAAGCUUGCCCUCUUGCGAGCAUCUCCGUUUGUUCGCCUCCUACCUCUCCAGCUACUAUGGAGACUCUGCUGACCUUCGACUCUUUCACAAAAGUCAGUCAGCCUCCGUUCAGUGUACCUCGGGCGUCCGAGUUAUCCACCCCCUGCUCCUCCAUAUCGCAGAGCUUUUUCCCUCUGUUCGAGUCUUGGCCUAUGCUGACAACGUCGUGCUUGUCGGUCCACUCGAGGAUGCCGUUGCAGCUACGUCCGCUAUGAAGAAGUACAUGGUGGCUGAUCUGAAGCUAGAGAUUCAACCUCGCGAGUCGAAAGUUUACAUCCCCUCCUGGCAUCAACACCCUGAUCUCUCGCAGCUGAAGAAGAGCCUUAAGCGCCGUCUCAAGACUCAACUUCUUCACUUCGAGGUCGUCACUGGCGGGAUUACACUUGGCGGCCUGCCUAUCGGCACGGAUGGAUUUCAUGCUAGUCAGCUCCGAGCGAAGGUUUCUACCCUCAACGAAGAGCUCUCAAAGCUCGGGCUCGUCCAGCAUGGCUUCAUGUUCAAGACGCUGGUGAGGGCGAGCCAUCUCCAGAAGCUGCGCUUCUUCCUCCAGGGGUCAUCUCCGUUUCUCCCGCGGGUCCAAUCACAGAUUCGUCCGAACGGACGAAUCUUUGACCUCUCUGUCCACCUGGCGCUUGAGAAAUACCACCGCUGGCCUUCCUCGCAGUACCUCGCCGCGCAUCCCGACCUGCUAGAGUUUGCGAGGUUCAAGCGGGAGCUUCCGCAUAGUCGGGGAGGGGACGAGUUCACGCCCUCUGAGGGUCUACACCCCGCUGUUUACUAUACGGCUAUCGCUCGCUUCCUCGCUUG